UGGGAGGAGCCUGCACGUCCCGGCUCUCGGCGCCGCGCGCACAGGGCCCGCGCCAGCGACCAUGGCGGAGCCCACGGUGUGCUCCUUCCUCACCAAGGUGCUGUGCGCCCACGGCGGCCGCAUGUUCCUGCGGGACCUGCGCGGCCACGUGGAGCUGUCGGAGGCCAGGCUCCAGGACGUGCUGCAGCGCGCCGGGCCCGAGCGCUUCCUGCUGCAGGAGGUGGAGACGCAGGAGGGCCUCGGGGACCCGGAGGCCGAGGCGGCGGCCGGCGCGGUGGGCGGUGGCGGCGGGGCCUCCGCCUGGAGGGUUGUGGCCGUGUCCUCCGUGCGCCUCUGCGCGCGCUACCAGCGCGGCGAGUGCCAGGCCUGCGACCAGCUGCACUUCUGCCGCCGGCACAUGCUGGGCAAGUGCCCCAACCGAGACUGCUGGUCUACCUGUACCCUUUCCCAUGAUAUCCACACACCUAUCAACAUGCAGGUCCUGAAAAACCACGGACUUUUUGGCCUCAAUGAAGCCCAGCUUCGGAUCCUGCUUUUGCAGAAUGACCCCUGUCUUUUACCAGAGGUCUGUUUGCUCUACAACAAAGGGGAAGCUCUUUAUGGCUACUGCAACCUCAAGGAUAAAUGCAACAAGUUUCACGUGUGCAAAUCCUUUGUCAAGGGAGAGUGUAAACUUCAGACCUGCAAACGGUCCCAUCAGCUUAUCCAUGCCGCAUCCUUGAAGCUGCUGCAGGACCAAGGAUUGAAUAUUCCAAGUGUUGUGAAUUUUCAGAUAAUAUCCACCUACAAGCAUAUGAAGCUGCACAAGAUGCUUGAAAAUACAGGUCAUUCAUCAUCUUCUUCUGAGUCUUCACAAGGCCUUGAGAAGAAAGGAGUGCAUGCAGCUGGAGCUGCAGAAGCUGGUCCUCUGACUUCUGUCCCUGCUCAGUCGGCCAAGAAGCCCUGCCCAGGUAAACCUUAAAGGAGGUCAGUGAACUAAGAAGCAGCUUGUACAGCUUGGAAGAUCAGAAAACAAGGCUUCUGUUUAGCUUUAAUUUGUAACCAUUCGUUCACUUAAUUGUUGAUUGGUAACGGUCAUAAUAAUAUCUACCUCACCGUGUGUUGUGAGAAGUAAAGAAGAUGGAAAAGGAGAAAAUGUCCUUCUGGAAGUAUACAGUCAGGCAUGGCUGGUUGGGGAUGGGAUUGGGCAUUGAGCAGGCAAAGAGAGGCUAAAAUUGAGCGCAGGUGGGGCCAGUCAGGGCGAGUGCUGAGGAUGGCAGCUUCUGCCUGCGGUGCCUGGUGCUU